UUGAAUUUGUUCAUUGUCCCGAUUUAUGAAACAGUUGGCAUUCGUGUUUCACAUAUAAUGCAGAGACAGUAUCGUUACAAAUGUCGUAAAACAAAUUUGAUUCUUUUUGUUACACUAUAAGAGUGUAGAUAGUACAUAAAACUCAAGUUUUCAUCGUACAUACGGUACAGGUAAAUAUUUCGCGAUGCCACCCAAAUUAAGAGGUGGGAAAAAUAAUGAAAAAUAUGAGACAAUUAAAAAAAUGCGGCCGAGUGUUGAAGAAAAUAAUGUUAAGAGUAAUGUAAAAAGUAAUAUAGUCUUCAGAAAGUGCAAUCAACAAAAGAUAAAAAAACAUAGGAAGAAUUAUGCUCCUGAAUCUCUUGAGAAAGCUGUCAAAGCAGUAAAUGAAGGCAUUAGUUUGAGAAAAGCAGCUCAAAUGCAUUGUGUUCCUGUAACUUCUAUCUUCAGAGCAGCGAAGAAUCCAACAAAAAUUAGAUCUAAAUGCGGUCCGCCCACUAUUUUAACCGAACAAGAGGAACAGGAUAUUAUCCAGUGGAUCUUAUAUAGAGCUGAAAGAGGGUAUCCGGUGAGGAAGGAAGAAUUAUUAGAUUCUGUACAGUCAUAUGUGACAAAAUUAGGAAGACGUACUCCAUUUACACACGGAAGACCAGGACGUCACUGGUAUGAAAAAUUGUGUAAGCGUCAUCCCAACAUAACUGUUAGAACAUCUCAGAAUUUAAGUAUGACUCGUGCUUCUGUAACGGAAGAAAAUUUAAGAGGAUGGUUUGGUGAAAUUAAAACCUAUUUGCACAGUAAAAAUUUAAUCGAUAUACAUCCAUCACGUGUCUAUAAUUGCGAUGAAACUAAUGUAGAGCUGACACCUAAGCCGGACAGAGUUUUAACGAAAAAAGGAGCCCAUACAGUAUACACAGUACUAGAUGCCAAUGAAAAAGAAAGUUUCACUACCUUGUUUAUGUACAACGCCGAAGGCUUACGAGCUCCUCCUAUGAUUUUGUACUCCUAUAAAGAAAAUGAACCCAACAAAAUUUUGGAAAAUAGUCCAAGCGAAUGGGGCAUUGGUGUUUCUGAAAAUGGAUGGAUGACAAUAGAGACUUUUUAUGAAUAUAUAACUAAUAUUUUUUAUCCUUGGCUGUUGAAAACAAAUAUCGAGUUUCCUAUUAUAUUAUAUUUAGGUGGUCAUUCCUCUCUUGUUACUAUUCCAUUAUUUCAGUUUUGCCGUGAGAAACGAAUCGAGAUAAUAGCAUUAUAUCCAAAUGCUACACAUAUUAUUCAACCACUUGACAUCGCAGUCUUCCACCCGUUUAAGGAUAUUUGGAAAGAAACAUUGUCCAAGUGGGAAGUAGAAAAUGUCUCAAAAGUGAGAAAAGAACAAUUUCCUCUAGUGUUGCAGAAAGCUUUACAGUCAUAUACAGCAGAAAAAAUGAAUGUGCAAGGUGGGUUUAAGGCCAGUGGUUUAAUGCCAUUUAAUCCGGAAGCUGUAGAAUACAAUGUUUUACAUAAAAAAAAGACGAACAAUAAAAAUUAUAAUGUACAAACAAAUCAAGCAAAUCAGGUACCAGAAAGUCAGCAGCAUCUUGUAAAUAAGGAGAUUGAGAAUAAGAUCAGACAUUUAGAAACUUUUGAAAAAAAUUUGUCACAAAAGUUAUUGCAAAAUUUCAAGGAGGCCGAAUCUGCUGAGUGUUGGAUUAACGAUAUAGAAAAUAAGGGAUUAUUUAAUUACUGGCUGCAAAUUAAAAAAGCAGCUAGUGGUAUUAGCUUUGGAACUAUUUAAAUGAUUGCCUUUGUUUUUAUUCGUCUAGUUUUUAAUAUUUUUUGUUCAACAAACACAAAAUAUGUUAUUAUUUAUAUAAUAAAGUUAAGGUGAAACCCAACACUGUAAGCACAGAAAAGGUAUUAAAAUACAAAGUUGUUUUAACAAAUCAAUAUUUAAAUGGCAGAGAUACUACUGAGUUCGUCAAUGGAAGUGUUCCAAAUUCAAAUAAUAUCUUAUUAUUAAAAAUCCUCGAUCUGCGAAGAGAAUGUGCGUAUGGAGUAAUUUCCAUAUCCAAUCUUUUCCCCUGACCCAUCUUAAUUAGUAAGUUUUGCAACCUAUUAGUGAUAAUUACAAUUGAAAUUUGUAAUAGAACGAUUUUUCAUGAAUUGAUAGCAAAAAUAAAUCAAUUCGUAUUUUCCACA